AUGUUGUUCCGACGCAGAGCCACAGCGGAGACCCCGAGUCGGGAAUACCAAUCGGAGGGAAAGAUUUUGCACAGCGGCUACCUGCAGAAACGAGGCCAGGUGAAUCGAUCCCUCAAGCAGCGGUGGUUCGUGCUGCUGGACCGAAAGCUGUACUACGCCAAGGGACCCGACCAGAAGCCCAUCGACUGCAUUCCACUCGACCAGGCCGUCAUUCGGCCCGCGGUGGAGGACACGUCGGACUUCGCAUUCGAAAUCGUCAUCAGCGCACGCGUCUACUUCAUCGUCGCCGCCUCGCAACAGGACAUGCUGGAAUCAGAUGAGGAGAAGGAGCACGAGCAGGUGAAGGAGGAGAUGAAGACGAGAAAGAUCGUCGGCCUCGGGAUCGGCCGCAAUCCGUCGUCGCCCAACCUCCACACGGCCCACCCGCCACCGAGCAUGCCCACCUCGUCCCUGCCCCCGUCGUCCCUGCCGGCCGGCCACUUCAUCCCGCUCCCGGCCGGCGAGGGCCAGCCGGGCCUGUACAGCAGCGAGUCCAGCCUGCGCGUUUUUCGACGAGUGUGA